GAGUGGCAGGAAGUGGGGAAAUGGAAGGAAAAAAAGUUACAGAUGAAGUAUUACGUGUGGCCCCGCUUUGAGCUGUAUCCUGACUCUGAGGAACGUGAGGACGAUCACCUGAGUAUCGUGACCUUGGAAGAGGCACCGUUUGUCAUUGUGGAGAAUGUGGACCCUCUAAGUGGCACCUGCAUGAGGAACACGGUCCCUUGCCAAAAACGCAUAGUGACUGAGAACAAAACUGAUGAGGAGCCAGAUUACAUGAAGAAAUGUUGCAAGGGGUUCUGCAUUGACAUCCUCAAGAAAAUCUCAAAGUCUGUCAAGUUCACCUAUGACCUCUACUUGGUGACUAACGGCAAGCAUGGGAAAAAGAUCAAUGGGACAUGGAAUGGAAUGAUUGGAGAGGUCGUCACCAAACGGGCCUAUAUGGCUGUGGGAUCCCUCACCAUUAAUGAGGAGCGUUCAGAAGUGGUGGAUUUCUCUGUGCCCUUCAUUGAGACAGGAAUCAGCGUCAUGGUGUCACGUAGCAAUGGAACUGUCUCACCUUCUGCCUUUUUAGAACCUUUCAGUGCUGAUGUAUGGGUGAUGAUGUUUGUGAUGCUGCUUAUCAUCUCUGCGGUGGCUGUUUUCGUCUUUGAGUACUUCAGCCCUGUGGGCUAUAAUCGGUGCCUUGCUGAUGGCAGAGAGCCUGGAGGUCCCUCUUUCACCAUUGGCAAAGCUAUCUGGUUGCUGUGGGGGCUGGUGUUCAACAACUCUGUGCCAGUGCAGAAUCCCAAGGGUACCACUAGCAAGAUCAUGGUGUCGGUGUGGGCCUUCUUCGCUGUCAUCUUUCUGGCCAGCUACACUGCCAACCUGGCUGCCUUCAUGAUCCAAGAGGAAUACGUGGACCAGGUGUCUGGCUUGAGCGACAAAAAGUUCCAGAAACCCAAUGACUUCUCGCCCCCUUUCCGCUUCGGAACAGUUCCUAAUGGCAGCACAGAAAGGAACAUUCGCAACAACUACCCUGAAAUGCACAGCUACAUGGUGAAGUUCAAUCAGAGAGGGGUGGAUGAUGCACUGUUCUCGCUGAAGACUGGGAAGUUGGAUGCUUUCAUUUAUGAUGCAGCAGUGCUAAACUACAUGGCUGGCAGAGAUGAAGGCUGCAAGCUGGUGACGAUUGGGAGUGGGAAAGUGUUUGCCUCCACUGGCUAUGGCAUUGCCAUCCAAAAGGACUCAGGCUGGAAGCGCCAGGUUGAUCUUGCCAUUCUACAGCUUUUUGGAGAUGGGGAGAUGGAGGAGCUGGAAGCUCUGUGGCUCACUGGCAUUUGUCACAAUGAGAAGAACGAGGUUAUGAGCAGCCAGCUGGAUAUAGAUAACAUGGCAGGUGUCUUCUACAUGCUAGGAGCAGCCAUGGCCCUCAGUCUCAUCACUUUCAUUUGUGAGCAUCUCUUCUACUGGCAAUUCCGCCACUGCUUCAUGGGUGUCUGCUCUGGCAAGCCUGGUGUGGUCUUCUCCAUCAGCAGGGGUAUCUACAGCUGCAUCCACGGCGUGGCUAUUGAGGAACGCCAGUCAGCAAUGAACUCCCCCACGGCGACUAUGAACAACACCCAUUCCAACAUCCUUCGCCUGCUUCGGACAGCCAAGAAUAUGGCCAACCUGUCAGGGGUCAAUGGAUCACCCCAGAGUGCCCUGGACUUUAUCCGUCGUGAGUCAUCAGUCUAUGAUAUCUCUGAACACCGCCGCAGCUUCACCCACUCAGACUGCAAGUCCUACAACAACCCCCCCUGUGAGGAGAACCUCUUUAGUGACUAUAUUAGUGAGGUGGAAAGGACCUUUGGCAACCUCCAGCUGAAGGACAGCAAUGUGUAUCAGGACCACUACCACCACCACCACCGCCCCCACAGCAUUGGCAGUACCAGCUCCAUCGAUGGGCUUUACGACUGUGACAACCCGCCCUUCAAUGCCCAGUCGCGGUCCAUUGGGAAGAAGCCCUUGGACCUGGGAUUACCCCCUGCCAAGCACAGCCAGUUGGGUGACCUUUAUGGCAAGUUCUCCUUCAAGAGUGACCGCUACGGGGGCAGCGGGACCCAUGAUGACCUGAUCCGCUCAGACGUCUCUGACAUUUCCACUCACACAGUCACCUAUGGCAACAUCGAGGGCAACGCAGCCAAGCGGCGGAAGCAGCAGUACAAAGACAGCCUGAAGAAGCGCCCGGCCUCUGCUAAGUCCCGGCGGGAGUUUGAUGAGAUAGAGCUGGCCUACCGCCGGCGCCCACCCCGCUCGCCUGACCACAAGCGCUACUUCAGGGACAAGGAAGGGCUACGGGACUUCUAUCUGGACCAGUUCCGGGCCAAGGAGAACUCACCACACUGGGAACAUGUGGAUCUGACAGAUAUCUACAAAGAGCGGGGAGACGAAUUUAAGCGUGACACGGGAGGAGGAGGAGGAGGGAGCGGAUCCUGCACCAACAGGGCCCACCACAAGCAUGGCUCGGGUGAGUUUGGUGGAAGCAACGAGCACAAGCAUGGUGUUGUGAGUGGGGUCCCGGCACCAUGGGAAAAGAACCUGACCAACCUAGACUGGGAAGAACGGCCCGGGGCUAAUUUCUGCCGCAGUUGCCCUUCUAAGCUGCACAAUUACACGCCAUCAGUGGUGGGGCAGAACUCCACUCGCCAGGCCUGCAUCCGCUGUGAGGCUUGCAAGAAAGCAGGCAACCUGUACGACAUCAGUGAGGACAACUCGCUCCAAGAGCUGGACCAGCCACCUGCCCCUGUGCCCGUGGCCACCAGCACCACCUCCUCCUCCAAAUAUCCUCAGAGCCCUUCCAAUUCUGCCUCCAAGGUGCAGAAGAAGAACCGCAACAAGCUCCGCCGGCAGCACUCCUAUGACACCUUUGUAGACCUGCAGAAGGAUGACUCAGCCCUGGCCCCCCGCAGCGUCAGCCUCAAGGACAAGGGACGCUUUUUGGAGGGGAGCCCCUACGCCCACAUGUUUGAGAUGCCAGCCAGUGAGACCACCUUUGCCAACAACAAGUCCUCAGUACCCGCCACCAGCUAUCACCACCACAACAACCCCGGCAGCAGUGGGGGCUACAUGCUCAGCAAGUCGCUCUACCCCGACCGGGUCACCCAAAACCCUUUCAUCCCCACUUUUGGGGAUGACCAAUGCUUGCUCCACGGCAGCAAAUCUUAUUUCUUCAGGCAGCCAGUGGUGGCAGGAGGGCCCAAAGCCAGGCCAGACUUCCGAGCCAUCGUCACCACCAACAAGCCGGUGGUCUCAGCCCUUCACGGGGCUGUGCCAGCCCGUUUCCAGAAGGACAUCUGUAUAGGGAACCAGUCCAACCCCUGUGUGCCUAACAACAAAAACCCCAGGGCUUUCAAUGGCUCUAGCAACGGGCAUGUUUAUGAGAAACUCUCCAGUAUUGAGUCUGACGUUUGA